ACCCCCUCCCGCCCCUUCUGGAGCCUUCCGGCGGGGCCUCGUUGUGAUGACGUCAUCUCGGCGCGCGCGGGCGGCGCGGCGCGGUCAUGGCGCUGUUCUGCAUCAACAGGUACGGCGGGGAGGAGGAUGAGGAUGAGAAGCAGCAGGAGGAGGGCGCCGAGGCGGAGGACCGGGCGCGGGUCCUGCUGGAGCGGCUGCGGCAGCAGGCGAGGGCCCGGCAGCUGAAGAAGCAGCGGGAGGCGCAGCCCCGGGGAGGGGAGGAAGGCCCAGGGGGCGCGGGGCUGAGCCCCGGGGGUGAGCCCGGGGAAGGAAAAGGGAAGAGGAAGAGGGAGGGUGAAGAGCAGCCCGGUGCGCAAGGGCAGAAGAAGCUAAAGGCAAAACAGCCCCGCAGCUCUGCUGAAGGCGGGGCAGGCACUGAGCAGGCAGCAGAUGGCAGCAGCCCCGUGAAGAAGAAGAAAGAAAGAAGAAGAAAGUCGAAAGUGCAGCGGGAGAGAACUGAAGCAGAUUCUGAAGAAGACAUCGAACAACAGGAAAAUAGAAACAAUGUUAAAAGUAAGUCUUCUAAAAGGAAGAAGACACAUGAGGAAACAGAAGGAGAUGAAACAGGGAAGAAAGAGAAGAGUGAAAGAACUAAAGAAAAUCAAAGCACAGAGGAGGAGCUUUCCUUAGCAGCCUCUGGGGAAGAGGCAAAUUAUCCACCCUCCAGUUUGACAAUUCUCGGAGACUACGACAGAAAGCCAGUGCAGAAGGUUCAGCCCUUUUUGCCACAGUGGCUUGCUCAACCCAAACGAGUGCAGAAACGUAUCAAAGACAAUCUGUGCCCAAUCAGAGAUGUGCCAGGAAUCCAUCCCCGCCUGCUGAAAAAGCUGCAGAUGAAUGGGAUAGAGUCCUUCUUUCCAGUUCAGGCAGAGGUUAUUCCUGCCAUUCUCCAGAGUGCCUCCAAUGGGUACCUGGUGGGGCGGGGGGGAUACCGCCCCAAGGACAUCUGUGUCUCGGCACCCACGGGCAGUGGGAAAACCCUGGCGUUCGUCAUACCCAUUGUCCAGGUUCUGUUAGAUCGAGUGGUUUGCCACGUGCGAGCUCUGGUUGUUCUGCCCACCAAAGAACUGGCACAACAGGUGAGUAAAGUGUUCAACGUUUACACUGAUGGGACAGGUCUGAAGGUCGUUUUGAUUACUGGCCAGAAAUCUUUUGCAAAGGAGCAGGAGAUGCUUGUCCAGAAAAAAGUGACGGGCUACUGCAGCCUGGCUGACAUUGUUGUGGCCACGCCAGGGCGGCUCACGGAUCACAUCAGGCAGACCCCGGGCUUCAGCCUGACGCAGCUUCGCUUCCUGAUCAUAGAUGAAGCAGACCGUAUGAUCGAUGACAUGCACCAGAACUGUCUGAACCAAAUUGUCAAAGCUGCAUUCCAAGUAGAAGAUGACUCUGGCUCCAACAUGCUUUUUCAGAGGACCAAACCAGGGCCUAUAACAGCAGCCAGCUCCUGCUCUCCUCAGAUACCCUUACAGAAGCUGCUGUUUUCAGCCACACUGACCCAGGACCCAGAGAAGCUGCAGCAGCUGGACUUAUUCCAGCCACGCCUCUUCACAUCUGUCUAUUCCGAGAGAAAAACACUUGGAGAUGGAACAGAAACUGAACAAGAUGCUAAUAAUAAAUACACACUCCCCGAGGGGCUGUCGCAAUGUUACGUGCCCUGUGACCUGAAUUCCAAGCCUUUGCUCCUCUUGUACUUCAUGCUGACAAUGAAGUUCACCCGCGUGUUGUGCUUCACCAAUUCCAGGGAAGCUUCUCACAGGUUGUUCCUGCUGGUUCAAGCCUUUGGUGGAGUCACAGUGGCUGAGUUUUCUUCUCGAUUGACUCCAAGUGAGAGACAGAGAACCAUAAGGGAGUUUGAACAAGGAAAAAUACAACUGUUAAUCAGCACAGAUGCCACUGCACGAGGGAUUGACGUUAAAGGAGUGAAUUAUGUAAUAAAUUAUGAUGCACCACAGUUCAUCAGGACAUACAUUCACCGGGUUGGAAGAACGGCUCGUGCAGGAAAAGUAGGUGUUGCCUUCAGCUUGGUCCUUAGAAUUCAGGAACGUCAGUUUCUGCGGAUGUUGAGGGACGCCGGCAUCCGAGACAUACAGAAACACCCCAUGAAGGGCAAAGCAUUAAAGCCUUUGGUGCAGCAAUAUGAGGCAGCUCUGUGUAAGCUCGAGAAGACAGUCAAGAACGAGCGAGCACAGAAACGGGCCUGAAGGAAUGGAAGCUGAGAUGGUUGUGUUUCGUGGCACUGAAGCCCCUGAGUGGGACAGGACAUGGACUGGUCCCCAGCACAGUAACACUCAGUCGUGGUCUCCGAACGGGCCUCAGUGGUUGGCUCUUCAACCUUAUCAUACCUGAAGCUGUUACAGGCCUUGUUCCUCUUUCAAGGACACUGCAAACAGAGUUCAAUUACUGGUUGAAAAAAAAAGAUAAAUUUUGAGAUACAGAUAUCUGGAAGAGGACUUUGCAUCAUAUCCUGCUGGUGUGUCUAGAACUGCCACCAGCUCCUGAGCAUGGGCCUGAUGGAACUGCUGUCCUCCAGCGGUGAGGGCUGGGCCCUUCUGCCCUGGAACAACUAAUGGUUCUGUCUUACUGCACAAGCAGCUGUGUCUGCAAAUGCAUAAACACCUGUACAGUGCCUGUAGCAGAAGUGUUUGAAAAGCUGCUCUAGGCUGCAACUUUUAAAUAAAUACUAUAUAUAUAUAUUUUUAAAACAGUGUCUAAUGAAAGAUUCCGUGGCU